UCAAGGCUCUGGUGCAAAAACUUAUGCUCGAUGGAAUGCCUUGGAGACCCAAACAUUCAUUUCAGCUUGCGAGACCGCCAUUGCGGAAGGCCAUCGCAGCGGGCGGUGUUUUACGAAACAAGGUUGGUCCUGAAUCUCAACGCUGUUCAACUCAUCCACUGGGCACAACUGGACAAAGCAACAACUACGCAACCACUGGGACGCCAUGCGUCGAACCUACCGGCGUCUCUUCGAUCUAUUAAAGGGUACCGGGGUCGAGUACAACGAAUCCACGGGUCGAGUCGUCGCAUCAGAGGAAUGGUGGAACAGAAAAAUAAGGGAGAAUAAAGACUACAGGGAGUUCAAAGACAAGGAUGUGAGCGAGAUAUACGUUCGCUACCGAACACUUUUUGGCGACAGCUACGACGGAGAGAAGUACGCGGUCACGCCGACUAAGUUGUGCAGAACGGGGUUCGGGUUGUUUGAGGACAGUGCGCUCGAAGACACUCGGGAUGCAAUCCCCGUCGACGAGGAAAGUAGUGGUUCAAGUGACGAGGCAGAACAAAUGGUCGGUGGAUCCCGCUUUAACGUAUCCGACACCACAAGCGGUGGUAAAAGAAAGUCGUCCGAUGCGACGCGACGGGGUAAGAAGAAGAAAUCAUCUGCACGAGAGCUGUCGUUCUCAGUCGACCGCGCCACAAGUGCUACGGAGGAAGUGGUGGCGAAGCUGAAUACCAUGAUGGGAUCACAUGACGACAGCGGCACUGCCUGUAUAGAGGAGCUACUGGCGUCUGGACGUCUCGAACGACGUACCCCUCUUUACUUUUUCGCCUGCGCUAUUCUCGCGAAAAAACAUUACCGAAACAUGCUCGCCGUUAUGAAAGAUUUGGAUGAGAAAUUUGAAUGGAUUCAGUGGCUUUUCAAUGAGCGUGGCAAGUAA